CAAGUCGCGUCGUUCGUAACGUCCUUCAAACGUUCCUAUCGAUUCUAAGAGUGUACGGAACGGAGUCGUAUAAUACGAUGUUCACUGUCGAAGCAUGCUAGUUUGUCGGUAACGGAGCUUGGCCGAUUGUCGUUCAGCAACUGAUAUCGCACGCUCGUCGUUGGCCUGGUGAAAAGAUACCGCGCAAUUUUUUUUUUCUCUUCUAUCUUAGCCGUCCUAAGUUCCACGCUAAGAUCGCACGGGAAAAUGUCAGAUAAUGAAAGUAAAUCGUCGUGUCAUAUGCGUCAAAAUUGCGUUGUUCAACCGCUGUUGACAGAUUUGUAUCAAAUCACAAUGGCAUACGCUUAUUGGAAAAGUGGAAAGAUGAAUGAUCAUGCUGUGUUUGAUUUAUAUUUUCGUAAGAAUCCGUUUCAAGGAGAAUUCACAAUUUUCGCUGGGCUAGAAGAGUGUAUCAGGUUUUUAGAAAAAUUUCGUUAUUCCUCCAGUGACAUUAAAUACUUGAAAUCUACUAUGCCAUCGAUGGUCGAUCAAAGGUUUUUUGAUUAUUUAAAAGACCUGAAUCCAAAGGACGUGUCCAUAUGUGCUAUGGACGAAGGCUCAGUAUGUUUCCCAAGAAUACCAUUACUAAGAGUAGAAGGUCCAUUAAUAAUGGUACAACUGUUGGAAACAACACUGUUGACGUUAGUUAACUAUGCAAGUUUAAUGGCAACAAAUGCAGCCAGAUAUCGUAUGGUUGCUGGAAAAAAUAUAACGCUACUUGAGUUCGGCCUGCGGAGAGCUCAGGGUCCUGACGGUGGUUUAAGUGCCUCUAAGUAUAGCUAUAUCGGUGGUUUCGAUGGUACAAGUAACGUCUUAGCAGGGAAACUUUAUAAUAUUCCAGUAAGCGGCACGCACGCACAUUCGUAUAUCACGUCUUUCACUGACAUGAACGAUUUAAAACAAAGGACAUUGGCGCAUAAAGAAACGGGUGAGGUUUAUGACAUUUUAAAUCUGGCUUAUAAACAUCGGGACGCUAUCGCAGCUGACGUAGGGACGCUCGUCUCCGAGGCUUCCAGCGGAGAAUUAGCUGCUUUAAUUAGUUACGCCAUUGCUUUCCCACAAAGAUUCGUCGCUCUCGUAGACACGUACGACGUAAAGAGUAUCGAAACCUCGGACAAGAGACAGACAUGUAUAGCCAGCCUAAAUGUAAAGAAUAAGCGUCUAACAAAUGGGUCCAAUACACAUGCCCAAAAUGGUGUCAAAAACAAUCCGAUUAUAUCAGAAUCGACUUCACAUCACAAGAAUGGCUUUUUAAAACCAGGCGAAUUGGGUGAGCUCUAUGUGAGGAGUGGUCUUCUAAACUUUUGCGCAGUAGCAUUGGCUCUGAACGACCUGGGCUACAAAGCGAUUGGUAUAAGAAUCGAUAGCGGUGAUCUGGCGUAUUUGAGUAACACGGCGAGGGACAUUUUCGAAAGGAUCGCUGAGAAAUACAACAUACCCUGGUUUGCGAAAUUGACGAUUUGCGCUUCGAACGAUAUUAACGAGGAGACUAUUCUCAGUUUAAAUGAACAGAGCCAUAAAAUUGAUUGUUUCGGAAUCGGGACGCAUUUGGUGACUUGUCAAAGGCAGCCGGCGUUAGGCUGCGUUUAUAAAAUGGUCGAGAUCAAUGGCCAGCCUAGAAUCAAGCUCAGCCAGGAAGUUGGUAAAGUGACGAUACCGGGCAAGAAAAAUGCAUUCAGAUUAUACGGGGCCGAUGGAUACGCGUUGGUUGAUCUCUUGCAGAGAUCGUCGGAAGAAGUUCCACGAAUGAAGGAGAAAGUUCUCUGCAGGCAUCCUUUCGAAGAAUCGAAAAGGGCUUAUGUUACACCGUCGCGGGUGGAACCAUUGCAUAAGCUGUACUGGCAAAAUGGUAAAGUGUGCCAGCCUUUACCCACGCUACAAGAAAUACGAAACAGAGUGCAGGAGUCAUUGAAGACACUUAGGAACGACCAUAGGAGAAAUUUGAAUCCUACACCGUAUAAAGUCUCCGUCAGCGACGACUUGUAUAAUUUUAUACACGACCUCUGGUUACAAAAUGCACCGAUCGGUGAACUCUCGUGAAGCUGUAUGAUUAUAAUGGAGAACAUUAUUUGAACGGCCUAUCAUUACGCUGAGUUCAAGAUUCUGAAAGUUUAUUUUUUACAAUAUAAGCAUAAUUUAUGUGGAGUAGCGUAUUUUCAUAACUUAUAGAAGGUCACAAUUUAAUAUGUUUAUAUAGUUUUAUAAAUACAGUAAUCUUUAAGAGAGGAACCUUUAAAUUAUAUCGUAAGAGGUGUAAUAGUGUCUGCCGUAAGUAUUGUAAGUAGUGAAUAUUGAUUUCUGAAAAGGUACAAAACAAGUACACACGAAUUAAGAUUGCACAAUUUAGAGAAAUAUACUUGUGGUUUUGCAUGUAUACAGGAAAGAUUGAACGUGUGUAUAUAAUGAAAAGUUACGAAACCGGGGAUGUAAAUUAAGUAUAAAUAAUUGACGAUGUUUCUGAAAUUCCUUUUAACGUAAUGAUUGUGAGAUCAUUUGGUGAUAGUUUUUUUUUUUAGAUAUUUCAGUCAAGUUUAUUUUCCUUUUUAAUGAAAUGAAACGAAAAUAAAAGAUAGUUAAUUUUGUAAAGUAUACAAAAUAGGUUUAACGUGUUUAACAAACGUAAGCAAUGAAAUAAACGUUCUAAAUUCGAUAUUUCCUUGAGAAAACAUGUACAAAUUUUGAGCAUAAUGAAAAGUAAUACAACAGAAUUAAGAUGUAUAAAUAUGUAUAGAAAUGAAGAGAAAGUUUAUCAGUAUGCGAGAUAUGUUUCAACGAACUCAUUAAACAUUUAUUACCAAUGUUGCCCAUUCUGUUCGUUACAAACUAAUCUCAUUUUUAUAGUACGUGUCGUUAUACAUGAGAAUAUUUUCAUAAGAUAAAAUAAUUGAAGUGAAAUAGUAAAAAUUUUAUUAUCUCACAUUAUUAAACCCGCUGUUUUUACAUUACACCUACUGUAUGCAAAAUGUAUCAAUAAAAAUAGUUGGUUUUACAAA